UUUGAUUCAGAACGGAAAAGUGACGCGUCGCAAACGCACGACUCGCUAGCUGAACAACAGAGAAUCGCGAUUUGCUCGUUCAAAUAGAUAAGUUCGAAAAUUUUUCAGAUAUAGAUGCGUACAUACAUGCAUACAUAAGUAAUAUCUAUACAUAUGCGUAUAUAUAUGUCUGUGCAUAAAUAGAGAGCAAUCGUCGGAAAAUUCAGAUUAAUCGUUGGGCCUGGAAGUCGAUUUGGCAAUAAAAGCAGCAGUUUUGCACACUCGGCACUCGCGGCAACAGUUGGCCAGUUGAUGAGCGGUGUAAACAAAGCUAGCCCAUAAAUUAGCUAAGCUACGCGAUAUCCAGCAAACUGAAAACAAAUGUGCAAGAUUACGAGUGUUUUAAUUUAAAUAAUAAUUCGCUGACUUCUGAAGUGCAACAAGUGUUUGAAAAGACUGUUUCAAUUGUGUUCAUUUAAUUUACAAAACGAAAAGAAAAAUGGAAGAGACUCCGUCAUUACUGAAGCGCGCCGGCACCGAUAAACUGCGCGAUGUCUUCCUGAAGUACGCCUCACUGCAAAAGGAUGGCGAUCAUUUUAUGACCAGUGAGGAUUUUGUGCGCAAGUUUCUCGGCCUGUUCACAGAUACAGCAUUCAAUGAUGAAUCGGUGCGUCUGCUGGCCGGCAUUGCGGACACUAGCAAAGAUGGACUCAUCUCAUUCUCGGAGUUUCAAGCAUUCGAGGGUUUGCUCUGCGCCCCCGAUGCGCUCUAUAGAACCGCUUUUCAGCUGUUCGAUCGCCAGGGCAAUGGCACCGUAUCCUAUGCUGAUUUCGCUGAUGUCGUACAAAAAACCGAACUGCACUCAAAGAUACCUUUUAGCUUAGACGGCACAUUUAUCAAACGCUACUUUGGUGAUAAGAAGCAACGGCUUAUUAAUUAUGCUGAAUUCACGCAAUUGCUGCACGAUUUUCACGAGGAGUACGCAAUGGAGGCAUUCCGUAGCAAAGAUCCAGCUGGCACUGGAUUCAUAUCCCCCCUAGAUUUUCAGGAUAUAAUUGUUAAGGUUAAGCGGCAUUUACUCACGGCCGACGUCAAGGAUAAUUUGGUGGCGGUCACUGAGGGUCACAAAGUGAGCUUCCCGUAUUUCAUUGCAUUUACCUCGCUGCUCAACAACAUGGAGCUGAUCAAGCAGGUAUACCUCUAUGCCACCAAGGGCAAUCGCACCGAGACGGUCACCAAGGAUCAGCUGCUCUACGCGGCACAGACAAUGAGUCAGAUCACCCCCCUGGAAAUUGACAUUCUGUUCCAAUUGACGGGCGCCGUCAAUCAACCGGGCCGCAUCGACUACGGCGAUCUGAGUAACAUUGCACCCGAGCAUUACACGAAGCAUAUCACUCAUCGUCUUGCCGAGAUCAAGGCUGUUGACAGUCCCAACGAUCGUUCAGCUGUUAUUCAGGUGCUGGAAGCCGUAUAUCGCUUUACACUGGCCUCCUUUGCGGGCGCCACUGGCGCCACGGUGGUCUAUCCCAUUGAUCUGGUCAAGACACGCAUGCAGAAUCAACGCACUGGCUCCAUGAUUGGUGAGAUUGCGUAUAGAAACUCCUGGGACUGUUUUAAGAAGGUAAUCCGGCACGAGGGCGUCUUGGGUCUCUAUCGCGGCCUGCUGCCCCAGCUGAUGGGCGUCGCACCGGAGAAGGCCAUCAAGCUGACGGUGAAUGAUUUUGUGCGCGACAAUUUUACCGACAAAAGGGGCAAUAUUCCUGUGUGGGGUGAGGUGGUUGCCGGCGCCUGUGGUGGUGCUGCCCAGGUGAUAUUUACCAAUCCGCUGGAGAUUGUCAAGAUUCGUCUGCAGGUGGCCGGCGAGAUAGCGGGCGGUUCCAAGAUAAGUGCCCUCUCCGUUGUCCGCGAACUUGGCUUCCUGGGUCUAUACAAGGGGGCCAAGGCGUGCCUGUUGCGCGACGUGAACUUCUCGGCGAUCUAUUUCCCAACGUAUGCGCACACAAAAGCGGCGCUGGCCGACAAGGAUGGCUACAAUCAUCCGCUAUCUCUGCUCGCCGCUGGCGCCAUUGCUGGCGUCCCCGCUGCCUCGCUGGUCACGCCCGCCGAUGUGAUCAAGACGCGACUCCAGGUCGCCGCACGCACGGGCCAAACCACCUACACGGGCGUCUGGGAUGCCACCAAGAAGAUCAUGGCCGAGGAGGGGCCACGUGCCUUCUGGAAGGGCACUGCCGCUCGCGUCUGCCGCUCGUCGCCGCAGUUUGGUGUCACCUUGGUGACCUACGAGCUGCUGCAGCGUCUGUUCUACGUUGACUUUGGCGGCAAUCAGCCGAAGGGAUCACAUGGCACCAAUCUUGCAGUACCGCUGGAUAGCACACUGAGUCGAAUGCAGCCCAAUGCGGAUCACAUUGGUGGCUACCAUGCGGCUGUGCCACUACUGACGGGCAUCGAGUCAAAGUUCGGAUUGUACCUGCCUCGCUUUGGACGUGGUGCCGCCGCUUCUGCCACAGCUGGCACAGCGACCGGUUCAUGAUUGUAUUGGCGCCAUCGCCUGCAUAGCGCGAGUUAGGUCUAAAGUUGUACAGUUGUAGCCAUAGAUAGAUAUAUAUAUUUAUAUAUAGCUAUAUAGGCAAACAGUCGAAAUUGUUAUAGAUCAGCUAUCUUGAUCAGUUAUAGAUUAUAGGUUUAGUUUUUGCUAGGAUGAGCUAAAAACACUCACUAACAAUCAAUCGAGCUAUACUGAAAACUGUUCAAUGCAUCUGGUCUAUUCUAGAUUAAUCAAGAAAUCAUUUCUUACCAACAACUUAUUGUAAUAAACUUGUAUACAUAAAUAUAUAUACAAAUAUAUAUAUAGUAAUAUUGCAGACAUUUAUGGCACACAAUUGACAGCAACUGAUCUACCUACACUAGAAACGAGAUCCUGUAUGAAAUGAUAUGAUGAUGAUACUAUAAUUGUUUUUUGUAAACUUUUUUAACUAGAUGCCUAGCAUAAAGUCAAAACAAAACAAAACAAAUCAAAGAAAUUCACUGAAAGUCUACUUUUGCACUCAAUGAUCUAUUUAAGCGUAAAAACCUUUUAAUCUUAGUCCGAAUUUGUUCAACAGUUAUAAAGGAAAAAUGCAAUGAAUUACCUCUUAGCUAAUAAAUUCGAAUGAAUACAAUUAAAAUAUAUACAACAAUUUAAAAAGCCAC